AUGACAAUCGAGAAACAAGAAGGUUUAGUUUACCUCCAUGGAGAUCUUGACCUCCAAAUCAUUGAGGCACGAAACUUGCCUAACAUGGACCUCCUCUCCGAAAGAAUUCGCCGUGUGUUCAUCGCGUUUAAUCUUUUUGAUAAGCAUUGCAACUCGAACAAUAGUAAUAAUCACAAGCGUCCACGUAAUAAUAUCAUCACAAGUGAUCCGUACGUAACUGUUUGCCUCGCCGGUGCCACGGUAGCGCGUACGCGUGUGAUCGCAAACUCCCAAACUCCUGUUUGGAACGAGCAUUUCAAAAUUCCAUUGGCACAUCCGGUCUCUCAAAUAGAGUUCUACGUCAAGGACAAUGAUGUUUUCGGAGCGGAUGUUAUAGGAAUCGCAACCGUCUCCGCGACGAAAAUAAGACAAGGCGAGACGAUCAUGGAAUGGUUCCCGAUCGUUGGCUCGCCAAAACCAGACUCAGCGGUUCGGUUGGAAAUGAAAUUUGUGCCGUUUGAAAGAAACCCUCUUUAUACACGUGGGAUUACGUCAUCGGGAGUGGCUAAUUGUUAUUUUCCGGUGAGGACCGGUGGGCAUGUGACGUUGUACCAAGACGCUCACGUGCCGGAAGACAUGCCUGAGAUUGAGUUAGAAGAUGGAGUCCUCUACCAGCACGAGCGAUGUUGGGAAGACAUAUGUAAUGCAAUCUUGGAGGCACACCAUAUGGUUUAUGUUGUUGGUUGGUCGGUUUUCCACAAAGUCAAGCUUGUGAGGGACCCGUCGCGGACAUUACCCAAUGGUGGAGAUCUGAGUCUUGGCGAUUUGUUAAAGUAUAAAUCACAGGAAGGUGUUAGGGUUUUAUUGUUGGUAUGGGAUGAUAAAACUUCUCACAGCAAAUUUUUCCUUAACACGGUUGUGGGAACCGUUUUCACGCAUCACCAGAAGUGUGUGAUUGUAGACUCACAAGCAUCCGGUAAUAACAGAAAGAUAAGUGCUUUUAUUGGAGGACUUGAUCUGUGUGAUGGUCGUUAUGACACACCUGAACAUAGACUUUUCAAGGGUUUAGACACGGUCUUCAAGGAUGAUUACCACAAUCCCACAUUUUCAGAAGGAACCAAAGCACCUAGGCAACCAUGGCAUGAUCUUCACUGUAAAGUUGAAGGGCCAGCAGCUUAUGAUAUCCUCUUAAACUUUGAACAACGUUGGAAAAAAGCUACAAAAUGGUCCGAGAUUGGACAUAAAUUCAAGAAAGUGACUCGCUGGCACGAUGAUUCUUUGAUAAAAUUGGAACGAAUCUCGUGGAUUCUGAGCCCUUCUGCAGCAAUUCUACCAAAUGACUCUUCCUUAUGGGUAUCUACGGACGAAGAUAAAGAAAGCUGGCAUGUCCAGGUCUUUAGGUCAAUUGAUUCAGGAUCAUUGAAAGGAUUUCCUAAGGAUGUUUACAAAGUUCAUGCGGAGAAUCUUGUAUGUGCUAAGAAUCUAGUGAUCGAGAAGAGUAUUCAAGAAGCUUACAUCCAAGCUAUCAGAUCUGCACAACACUUUAUAUAUAUUGAGAAUCAAUAUUUUAUAGGAUCAUCAUUUGCAUGGCCUAAUUACAAAGAAGCAGGUGCCGAUAAUCUUGUUCCUAUAGAAAUUGCACUAAAGAUUGCCAGCAAGGUAAGGGCCAGAGAAAGGUUUGCGGUGUAUAUAGUGAUCCCAAUGUGGCCUGAAGGAGUUCCUUCUUCAGCUCCUGUCCAAGAAAUUCUCUACUGGCAGGGGCAAACAAUGCAAAUGAUGUAUGAGAUCAUAUCACGGGAAAUAAAGUACAUGAACCUUGAGAAUGUUUACCCGCAAGACUAUCUCAACUUUUAUUGUUUAGGUAACCGAGAGGAGUUGCCAUCAGAUCAAACGUGUGUCUCAAACAACAGCGAAACGGUCUCAGAAUCUCAAAAAUGGCAAAGGUUUAUGAUAUAUGUACAUGCGAAAGGAAUGAUAGUCGAUGACGAGUAUGUGCUACUAGGCUCGGCAAAUAUCAACCAAAGAUCAAUGGCAGGAUCACGAGACACAGAGAUAGCAAUGGGAGCAUACCAAAAGCAACAAACGUGGAACCACAGGAAUAAACAUCCUCGUGGCCAGGUUUAUGGAUACAGAAUGUCCUUGUGGGCAGAGCACAUGGGUAAAGUAGAUGAGACAUUCAAAGAGCCAGAGAGUCUAGAAUGUGUGAAAAAGGUUAACAUGAUAAGUGAAGAUAAUUGGAAAAAAUACACGGCACAUAAUUUCAGCCCUUUACAAGGUCAUAUUUUGAAGUAUCCACUCGUUGUUGAUAACACUGGGAAAGUAAUCCCUUUACCUGGAUUCGAUACUUUUCCUGAUGUUGGAGGUAAGAUUCUUGGUACUCGAACAAAUCUUCCAGAUGUUCUCACCACAUAA